CCAUUUUGUCCGACAAAGCAGUCAGGAAGAUUAACCUCGGUGGACUUAAACUUGAAAAAUGAUCAUCCAUCAGAAAACAAUUACAGGUGAUCUACAAAAGUUUCUUCUGCUCAUGGCUCCAAUCUGGCCUGAUGUUCGAGCUGUUUUGCCCUCGACAGUGUCUGAAUUCCCACUUGACUUUAGUGAAAAGAUUGAAUCCAGCGUGUUGAAUGUUCUUGAGCUGGCCAGAGAUCAGCUGUACCGUUCAUCAGAUUGCCCAGCUUCAGCCGAAAGAGCUCAAAUCAUUAUAGAUUACUCCUGGGAGAAGCUUAACACUGGGACAUGGAGAGAUGUGGACAAGGAGUGGAGGAGAGUUUACUCUUACGGCUGCUUAUUCAAAGUCUUGAGUUUGUGUCAUGGUGAUCCAUCUCAAUGCAACAUCAUCCAGGAGGCCAUUAAGACUUGUGACAUGAGUUUGUUAAUGGGAGCAGCUAUCAUGGACAACAUUCUGCAAAGACUUGUUGGUAUCUUAAGAAGUAAAAUGAAAAUGAAGAGUCCAAACAAUAAGAAGAGUGAAGAACCCUGUUCAAAGAAAAUGAAACGGGACUGUGUGUGCGAGCCUGUAAUAAACCCUGCUCAAGAAGUGCCAAGGAUUCAGUGUCCGUCCCUGGAGCGCUUCAGAUCAGAUUUCCUGGAUCUUCAACGGCCUGUGAUUAUAGAGGGAAUAACUGACCACUGGCCGGCCUUCACAGAGCAUCCAUGGAGCAUAGACUACUUAAGAGCUGUCGCCGGCUGCCGGACGGUACCUGUUGAAGUGGGAUCCAAGUACACUGAUGAAGAGUGGUCACAAAAGCUCAUUACAGUGAAUGACUUCAUAGACCGCUACAUUAUAGGCACUGCGAAGGAGGGAGUGGGAUAUCUGGCUCAGCAUCAGUUGUUUGAUCAGGUUCCAGAGCUAAAAGAAGAUAUUCGUAUCCCAGACUAUUGUUGUCUUGGAGAAGGAGAUGAGGAUGACAUUACAAUUAAUGCCUGGUUUGGGCCUGGAGGGACUGUGUCUCCUCUCCAUCAGGAUCCUCAACAGAAUUUUUUGGCACAGGUGGUUGGAAGGAAAUACAUCCGACUCUACAGCCCAGAUGAAACAAAAAAUCUCUAUCCGCAUCAGUCGCAGUUACUGCACAACACUAGUCAGGUGGAGGUGGAGAAUCCAGACCUGGUGAAGUUUCCAGACUUCUCUAGAGCCUCAUAUCAGGAGUGUGUUCUCAGGCCCGGAGAUGUGCUUUUCAUCCCACUACAGCACUGGCACUAUGUGCGCUCUCUUGAGCUCAGCUUUUCUGUCAGUUUUUGGUGGUCCUGAUUUGUACUGAAUAAAUAAGCAUGCACAGA